AGCAGAUUGUCAAAAGGAGAAUGAUAAUGUAAUUAUUAAUUCUGAAAAUAGCAGUCGUGCUAGUUCAUUACAGGAGCCUGGACAAGUGCUAGAGAAUGGCUCACUUCAGUCCGUCGGCAAAAGGUGUAGUGCUAAUAGCGACGCAAUAAGCUGUACACUGAGUGUGGGGGAGGGGCAAGACCCGAGCCAAGCAGCAGGUGACGCUGUGAAAAUGACACGCAAGGCUAAUGUCCCCACGUUGUCAAAGGGCUCGCAGUGGUCCAAGUUGCGGAACGUGAUAAAAGCCAGCGGCGCAGUGAAUCAAGAGUUCAGAAAGCGCAAAAUGAACUCCGGACUUCACAGAGACGACUCUUUCCUCAGGAAGUUUUCUACUCGGAACUACCGUGCGCGGAGCGUGGGGAGCACGGCCGAGAGUGAUGAGGGUGGGGCCAAUGGUUCCCAGCAGAUGUAUAUGUACCCAGAGGAGAUGAUCAAAGAGGAGAGUACUGUCAUCAAAGUGACCGUCAUUCGGCCAGAGGGAUCUAUCAUGUUCUACUGGCUUGCCAUCGUCACUUUGGCCGUGCUCUACAAUCUCUGGACAUGCAUAGCUCGUGAAGCUUUUCCAGAGAUUGUUAAAGGGAGACUGACCAUGUGGAUACUACUUGACGUGAUCUGUGAUAUCAUUUACAUCUUGGACAUCGGGGUUCAGUUUCGAACGGGCUACCUGGAACAAGGCCUAAUGGUCUACUCCUCUAGAAAACUUUAUGAACGAUAUGCCUUCUCUCAGUAUUUCAUCAUUGACAUCAUUGCCAUCAUUCCCUUGGAUUUCAUUCAGUUUGCAAUCGGUCUUCACCCAAUGUUGCGAUUCCCGCGGUUUUUGAAAGCUCAUCGUCUCUAUAGUUUCAUCUACAAGUUAGAAUCCAGGACUCAGUACCCGAAUCUUUUCCGUGUAACAAAUCUCACACAUAUCCUAUUUCUGGGUGCCCAUUGGUUUGCAGCAUUUUAUUUCAUGAUUUCGAAAGCGGAGGGUUUCCAUAGCCACUGGUCUUAUCCGAAGCCCGUAGGAGAGUAUGCCUCUGUAACCCGAAAGUAUCUCAUGUCCUUGUAUUGGUCAACUUUGACCUUGACAACCAUUGGUGACCUUCCUGAACCAAACACAACUUGGGAAUAUGUCUUCGUUAUUGUCAGCUAUUUGAUAGGAGUUUUUGUAUUUGCUACUAUUGUGGGGCAGGUGGGAAAUGUCAUCACCAACAGAAAUGCCAGUAGACAUGAUUUUGAACGACUCCUGGAUGGUGCCAAGUCAUACAUGAGACGUCACAAUGUCCCUAAAGAUAUGAGAAAACGGGUGCUCAGAUGGUACGACUACGUCUGGUCCAGGGGUCGCAUGGAUGGGAGUUGGGACAUCAAUUCUUUAGGCUUACUACCUGAUAAGCUGAAGACGGAAUUGGCCAUACAUGUUAAUCUUGAGACUCUGAAAAAGGUGACCAUCUUUCAGGAAUGCCAGCCAGAGUUUCUUCACGAUUUGGUGCUCAAAAUGAAGGCCUACAUUUUCACGCCGGGUGACCUGAUCUGUCGUCAUGGUGAAAUUGCCAGGGAAAUGUUCAUCAUUGCUGAUGGUGUCGUUGAGGUCAUUAGUGAAAAUGGCACUGUGAUGACACGAAUGAGCACAGGAGAUUUUUUCGGUGAAAUUGGAAUACUCAAUCUUGAUGAGGGUAUUAACAGGAGGACAGCAGAUGUGAGAUCUGUUGGGUACUCGGAGUUGUUUGUCUUAUCCAGAGAUGAUGUCCUGUCCGCACUCAAAGACCAUCCCGAGGCAGAGAGAUUGCUGAAGGACUAUGGCCGACAGAGACUUAGCGUGGUGAGAAGGUUAGCCAACAUGGACCUUGACAAUGAUCGGCCACCUGACAUCCAAGUCCGUAGCAACAGUAGCCCCUCCCUCCGUGUUCCCAUGGAAGAUAACCCUUCCCCGGUUACGGACUUGCUCAGUAUACAUGUCCCCAGCCCUCGCACAAGCAGACGUUCAAGAUCACACAGCACAUGUUCAGCAAUAGAUUUCAAAGGCUUGAUGAAGGUUGUUGCCCCUUGUAAGAAGACUUGUAAGAAGCCAGUACCUGACAUUGUGGUGGAACCUGCCUCUCCUGACAAGCCAACCCCGCCCAGCCGCACCCAGACUGGUAUUCCCAUUGUGGACAAGGCCGUCAGCCUCGUGGAGACCAUGUUCACAGAAUUUUGGCAAGAAACAGAGAAAAAUUACAAGGAGACUGUCAGGUCAUUGGAGUCAGAAAACCGAUUGAAAGAUAUGGCAAUCACAAACCUGGAGUCAAAGGUUACACAGUUACAGUUUGAAAUCGCCCAGCUGCAGUGUCGAAUAAUGGCAGAAAAGAAAGUAGACAAUCCCCAGCCCAAGGAGAGUCCAGUCCCACGUCAGAGAUCCCUGCCAGAGAAGUCCUUUCCCCCGAUGUCAUCAGAAAUGCGGGGAUUGUCCUUGGAUAUUGUUGGAGACAAGAAAGGCACAGCAGUCUGA